AUGGCACUUCUCUUCGCGAUGCAGUCCUUCCAGAGGCCUCCCUUUCUGAUCCUGGACGAGGUUGAUGCCUACCUGGACCACUCUAAUGUGCAGGCGCUUGCCAGCUACAUCGCCUCCGUGGACUGCCAGGCGAUCGUCAUCUCCCACAAGCACCGCUUCUUCUCGCACGGCGAGGGCCUCGUGGGUGUGUCGAGAGAUCGGGUGCGCAACGCCUCGGUCGUUUUCACCAUGGACCUGGAGCGCAUCCGCCGAGCUGGCCGAGAGCAGCGAGCUGCCGAGGUGGUGAGACAGAAAGAAGACAUUCUCGCCCGAGAGCGCAGGCAGCGAUAUCAGCGCCAAGCCAGGGCAGAGGAGAAGGCCUUCAAAACCGUGGAGGCGGCCGAAGCCGACGCUCAGCGUGCGGCCGCCUCAGCCGCGGAGGCUCUGCGCCGCGAAGAGGAAGCAGUGCGCGGCCUCCGUGCAGCACGGGUGCAGCGUGCAGAGCACUCGGCACAGCAGCGGCGAGCUGUGGAGGUGGCUGCCGCCGAGCGAAAGCGUGCACAGCGUGCCGCAUCACUGGGCCGAAUGGCGCAGGCAGCGAAGGAGUUGGUUCGGCGGGAGGCAGAGCGCUGUGAAGUGGAGGCCAGCGGCAACGGUUUGCUUCAGGGCGGCUUGAGCCGGUUCAGUCGGGAUGGCCUUCGCGGCCGCAACAUCCUCGCAACAUCGCAUCGGUGUGCGGAAGCUUCCGCUCUUGCCAAAGCCGAGGAUGCCAGGAAGGAGCGCAUGCAGAAGAUCAGCGCCGUCGCCGAGGUCGCAGCAGAGGCCGCCGAGGCAGCACAGCCGCGACAUGGCCCUGUGGAAGAAGCACAGGAGGUCUCCCUCUGCGAAGACUGCAAGGAGAUGCGUGCAGAGUUGGAGCGUCUCUUGUCAUAUCGCACACUGUCCCCACGGGAGCUCAGAGGUCCCUCCAAUCCGGAGCAGCCACUACCAGCACUGCCUGCCGACGCGGAGUCUGCGAGCCCCAUAAUCCUCGAAGAGAGUCUCCAUGCCGACCUCGAGCCGCUCGAGCCCCCCGGGGGUCCUGAAGAGCCGGAGCACACGCUGCGAGUCCUUGACUUUGGCCAGGCGGGGCUUGCGGACGUCUUGCGCGAGAGCUGCCAGAGCUCUGAGUCUGAGGGGGUGGAGCUGCCCGCCACAUCGGCACAAGUGCUGAUUCCCGGGGCAGAGGUCUCAGUCUCUGAUUCUGAUCCGCUCGACUCACAAAGCUGCGCCGAGCCCUUCAGCACAAGCCCCGAGGAGAAAACACAGGACCAUCCGGCUCUUUCCGAUGAGAUCCUUGCCGUGGACCUCUUCGACGAGUCGACCGAUGAGGUCAAAGGCACUUCGCCCUCGGCAAGUGUCUGGACCGGACUGCCUGGACCUGUUCUGGAGGUACCUUCCAGUUGCGACGCGGAGAGCUGCGACGAGACCCCGGGCCCGCUGUCAUCACCAGUGAGACUGCGCCCGAAGGAUCCGCUGCCCUUUUGCCCGAACCCGGGCCCGGGGUGCGCUGCGCUGUCCGCCAGUUUCGACUCAGCGAGCACAACCUCAGAGCCUCGGCCCAGUGCCACCCGUGGCCGGCGAUUCGGUGAGGAGGACCUGUCACAACGACUUGAUGAGAUCUGCCGGCAGCUUGAUGCAGUCUUCUGA